CUAUUCGAUCUAACCGGCCUUCGCUCCGCAUUGGACUGUCGCAGAUCAGCGACCAUGGGAACCCGCGGCGUCGCCCUGCUGCUCCUCACGGUGGUGUUGCUCCAGGCGCUCCUCCCCGCGUCGUCGGAGGGCCUGGUGCGGGUCGCGCUGAAGAAACAGCCCGUCGACCAGAACGGUCGCGUCGCCACGUGCCUCUCCGUCGAGGAGAGGCAGCGCCUCCUCCUCCGCGGCGCCAACGCCCUGGGCUCAGGCGGUGAAGACGACUCCGACGUCAUCGCGCUCAAGAACUACAUGAACGCGCAGUACUUUGGGGAGAUCGGCGUCGGCUCGCCGCAGCAUAAGUUCACUGUCAUCUUCGACACCGGCAGUUCCAACCUCUGGGUGCCGUCCUCCAAGUGCUACUUCUUGAUCGCUUGCUAAUUCCACUCGCGCUACAAGUCAGGGCAGUCAAGCACUUACAAGAAGAACGGUUUGACUCUUCCUUUCUUGUGUUGUUACUGUAUUGUUUUCCCGAUUUUCUCGUUGUGGACUGAGAUCUGCAUCACUUUCGUCAUACGUUUGUAUUUC